AUGACGCACUCAGCAGUCAAAGAUGUCAAUGGGCUGGAGAACCCCAGUUUUAUGGUUGAAGAUGGAGACCAAUACAGUGCCUUGUCUGAACUCGAUGCUGAGGGCCUAAAGGAAAAGAAGAAAGACCAGGGCAAGAACUGCAGUACACUAGUGUACUCUGUCACUGACAUUCCACCAUGGUACCUCUGCAUCAUGCUAGGGAUUCAGCACUACCUGACAGCUCUGGGUGGUCUUGUAGCCAUCCCUCUGAUCCUGUCCAAAGAGCUUUGCCUGCAGCACGACCCCCUGACCCAGGGUCACCUGAUCAGCACCAUCUUCUUUGUCUCAGGAAUUUGUACCCUCCUUCAAGUCCUCUUUGGAGUCAGGUUGCCCAUUCUCCAAGGAGGGACUUUUGCGUUCUUGACUCCUACCCUUGCCAUGCUCUCCCUCCCUAACUGGAGAUGCCCUGCGUGGACGCAGAAUGCCAGCCAGGUGAAUGCUACUUCACCGGAGUUCAUCGAAGUCUGGCAGUCGAGGAUGCGAGAGCUGCAGGGAGCCAUCAUGGUCGCUUCCUGUUUCCAAAUCUUUGUUGGAUUUUCUGGCCUGAUUGGAUUUCUGAUGCGAUUCAUCGGUCCUUUGACCAUCGCCCCAACCAUAACCUUGGUUGCGCUGCCUCUCUUCAACUCUGCAGGAGAUGAGGCUGGCUCACACUGGGGCAUAUCAGCCAUGACCAUUUUCUUCAUAGUUCUGUUCUCUCAGUACCUGAAAAAUGUGCCUGUGCCACUGCCAUCUUACCAAGGAUCCAGGAAGUGCCACUUCUCUAAGGUCUACCUCUUCCAGAUCUUCCCCGUUCUUCUUGGCCUCGCCAUUACUUGGCUGAUAUGUUUUGCACUCACUGUUUCCAAUGCCUUCCCCUCGGACUCCGCAGUUUAUGGCUAUCUGGCUCGGACUGACAUCAAAGGAGAUGUUCUGUCCGAAGCACCCUGGUUCCGGUUCCCAUACCCAGGCCAAUGGGGAGUUCCAACAAUCAGUUUGGCUGGGAUAUUUGGCAUCAUAGCUGGAGUGAUUUCCUCUAUGGUGGAGUCAGUAGGCGAUUACUAUGCCUGCGCCCGACUGUCUGGUGCCCCGCCCCCUCCGAAGCAUGCUAUCAACCGUGGAAUUGGAGUUGAGGGAAUUGGCUGUCUUCUGGCUGGGGCGUGGGGAACAGGGAAUGGCACCACUUCUUACAGUGAGAACGUUGGAGCGCUGGGAAUCACCCGGGUAGGAAGUAGAAUAGUGAUCGUUGCUGGUGGCUGCGUGUUGCUUGUGAUAGGCAUGUUUGGGAAGAUCGGCGCUGUGUUUGCCAGCAUACCAACACCCCUGAUUGGAGGACUGCUCCUUGUGAUGUUUGGAAUCAUCACUGCUGUGGGAGUUUCCAAUUUGCAGUAUGUGGACAUGAACUCCUCAAGAAACCUGUUUAUCUUUGGAUUUUCUAUAUAUGCGGGUCUGGCAAUUCCCAACUGGGUAAACAAAAAUUCUCAAGUGCUAGAAACAGGAAUUCUCCAGCUAGACCAAGUGAUCCGAGUGCUCCUCACCACUGGCAUGUUUGUGGGUGGAUUCCUGGCAUUUAUCCUUGAUAACACGAUUCCAGGAAGCCAGGAAGAGCGAGGACUCUUAGCAUGGAAAGAGACCUGCCAGGAGGAGUGUGACGAGGCGCGCGUUUUGGAAGUCUACGGUCUUCCAUUUGGGAUAGGCACCAAGUUCUGCACCUCUUCUUGGGUUCAGCACCUCCCAACUUGCCCCAAAAGGCUAUCUGGAUCCAAGAGAAAGGAAGAACCAAAGAGCCUCAAACAGGAAAACAGUUUCAAAAUAAGCUCAGAAAGAGAACCAGAGCUAGACAUUGAUACAAGGAUAUAAGCCCAUGGUUAGGAGGUGGACUCAUUUGCAAAGCACGUGCCAUGAAAACCAUGUUUACAGACAACCUGAUAGAGGUUGGAACAGGAGAAUAGGUGAUAAAACUUGUUUUCUAUUCCCCGCUCUGCCACUGACUCCUUAUGUGACCUUGAGUAAGUACCUCACCUCUUUCUGCCUCCAUUUAUCAAGAUGUAGCAAAAAAUAUACUGACUGGGGAACAGCCUGGCCAGAGGCCAUCAGCACUUAUGAAGGAGCUUGUUCCCCCCACCACACACACACACCAGGGGCACCCAGAGGAUUCAGGGGGCCUGGGGUCUUCGGCGGCGGGGGUCCUUCCGCUCUGGGUCUUCGGGGCACUUCGUCGGCAGGUCCCGGAGCGAGUGAAGAAGACCCGCCUCUGAACUGCUGCUGAAGACCUGGAGCGGAAGGAGCCCUCGCCACCAAAUUUGCGGCGAAGACCUGGAGCAGAAGAGGCUCUGAGUCUUCGGCAGCGGGUCCUUCACUCACUCUGGGUGUGUUCGGCAGCACUGAAGGACCUGCCGCCGAAGACCCGCCGAAAACUCUCAUGGGGGCCCCUGAAAACUCUCCCCGCGGGGCCUGGGGCAACUUGCCCCACUUGCCCCCCCUUCUGGGCGGCCCUGCUCCAGACUUUCUCUUUGUGAGCCAUGACAGCCCUGAUCAGGUUCUGAAUAGCAUAUACACAGCAGUGUUUCCCUCUCCCAUUGAUCAGCUGUUUGGGAGCUGUGACAGCUCCCUUCCAUCCCUAGCUGAUCACUGGGAGCGACAGAAAAGUGCAUAUGCUAUUUGGGCCCUAACCAGGACUGUCAGGUGUUACAUGGGCUUCUCUCAGUACUACCAUGAGGAAGGGGAACUCUGUCGUAUGAUGUCUCUGUAUGGGGAAGAGACAGGAGAAGAAGGGAAUUGGGAAAGAAAAUUCCAGUAUAAAAUGAAGGAAGGGACAGAGAAAGAAUAAAAAGGCAGUUAGCUCCAUUUGUGUGUGUGAUUUAGGCCUGGGCUACACUAGCAGGGGGAUCGA